AUGGCAGUGUCAACAGAGGCCACCCAUCAUGACAUUGAGCGUGCAUCUCUCGACAAGCACUGCUAUCUCUUUGGCCACAAGAUCACCCACUCUCUGUCUCCUUUUCUUCAUCAGGUCAUCUACGACCAUCUUAACCUCCGCUGGGCCCAGCUUCGCCUCGAUUCAUCAGACCUGCAGCUAUUUCUACAAUUGGUUCAGCACCCAUCAUGCUACGGUGCAUCCGUUACAAUGCCCAACAAGGUGGCAAUUCUCCCCUACCUCGACGAAAUGACGGACGAAUGCCGUGAUGUCGGAGCCUGCAACACAGUCUUCUUCAAGCAGCGAGAUGGUGGGCAGCGGAUAUUGUGUGGCACAAACACGGAUGUCAUCGGCAUCCGCGACUCUUUCUUGUACAACGUCAAAGAUCCAGCAUCGACAUACCACGACAGGCCUGCUCUCGUCAUCGGCGGCGGAGGGGCCGCACGCAGCGCCAUUUAUGCCCUGAGAAAGUGGAUGAAGGUCAGAGAAAUAUACCUCAUAAAUCGCGAUGCGUCCGAGGUCGAAGCCGUGAUCCGAGACUGCACGUCCCGAGGCUACGGAGACGGUCUCCUGCACAUUGCUACGGUGGAGCAGGCGAUAGAAGCUGACGGACCCGGCGCCAUUGUUGCGUGUAUACCGGAUUUGACGCCGCGAACAAGCGGCGAAAAGCUGGCGAGGGAGAUUACAGAGAUAUUGCUGGACAAGAAGCACAAGGGCGCAAUGCUGGAGAUGUGCUACAAUCCUACGCCGUUUACCGCUUUGGGGAUGCUUGCGGAGAGUAAGGGCUGGACUGUCAUUUUGGGAACCGAGGCGUUGAUAUGGCAAGGGCUGGAACAGGACACGUACUGGACUGGGAGACCAAUUGAUGCCCUGCCGGCUGACAAGGUGAAGGCUGCUAUUGCGGAGAAUGUAGCACUUAGAGCACAAGCGAAGCUGUAG